AUGAAGCCACCAGUAUUUCAUGGAAUAAUUGCACCGUUAAAGGUCGAAGCUUGGAUCUUGGGCAUUGAAAAGUUGUUUAAAGUAUUCCCAUGUACCGAAACUCAGAAAGUGCAACUAGUAGCAUUCACCCUAGAGUGUGAUGCGAGACGUUGGUGGAUGUUAAUGCGAAAUGAUAAUAAAGAUGAUACUUGGGCUCAUUUUUUGGAAAUUUUCUAUGAGAAAUAUUUUCCCCAAUGUGUGCGGGAUAGAAAGGCAGCUGAAUUCAUGGAACUCAAGCAAGGAAAUAAAUCAAUUACUGAAUAUGAGGCUCAGUUUACAGAGUUAGCUCGCUUUGCACCCCACAUGGUAAACACAGAUUACAAGAAGGUUAGACAGUUCGAAGGAGGUUUACGUGACCCAAUUCUAGAUAAGGUUAAUGUACUCAAAUUGCUGACGUAUGUGGAUGUACUUGAUAGGGCACUAAUAGCGGAGAGAAAUGUGGCCAUCCAUAAGCAAAACUUCGAAUAG